AUGGAGGCUCCAAUGAUCCACCAGCGUCAAAGAUCCAAAAGAUAUGUGGUUUUCAAGGGUAGGGAGCCAGGGAUAUACUCUUCAUGGGGUGAGUGUAACAAUCAGGUUUCUGGAUUCUCAGGCAAUUUGUACAAGGCAUAUAACAGUGAGGAAGAAGCUUUGUCAGCAUGGAACCUGUACUGGGCCAAAGCAAUGUCAACGAAAUAUGAAAUGGCUCAUGUGGACAUGUCAAUUGCUGGAGAUAUGCAAACUAAAUCACUUCCUGGAGAUGAGUGCAUGCCACAACUUAUGGACAUUCAAGAACCAAUCAAGAGUUCUCAUCCACAUGAAGCCCCAACUGUCAACGAAGAAAUUGUUGAAGGCAAAUUAACAACUGGUGGUGCCAUUCUUUUUGGAAUAUUCGUGGGUGUAAUCCUAUUGAAGAUAUGGCAGCUCAUAUUUUAA